UUAUGGUACCAGCCUUAAACUUCUGUGUGUGUGGGCUUAGACACAGAUUCUAUUCAGUAUUGCAAUUGGCAUGAACGUUAUGCUAGAUCAGUUGUAAGUGGGAACACCACUAACACAACAUUACCCGUACAAAUUAUUUUUUGCUUUGCAAAUGACAGGUGUAGUUGUUGGACUUUGCCUCCACAUACCUUCCCAUACGCUGACACUGGAGAUGAGGUCAUGGAUACCAUUGAGAAAAAAACCUUAGUGAUAGCUCUCCUAUUGUGAAAUACUCUCCCUGAAAACAUUGGUGGGUACCUCCCUUAUUUUCCUUCUGGCAACAGGCAAAGACCUUUUUUCAUUAUGUCAAACUUCAGAUGCAAGUUUCUUCCUGCCAUUAUGAGUCUGAAAAAAAUUUCGGUUCAUUAUGUCUUUCGUGUUGGCAUCGCCAAACAAGUACGAUAAUGCUAGCUUCCCCCACUCACCCCCCCCCUUCCUUGAAAGGGGACAAACUGGGGGCAACGGCGAGAGGCGAGAAGCAGCAUCUCUCCAGCCUCCCUCGCGGUUUGGGGCGGAGGUUUCCAGGGGAACCUCCCUCGGCCUCGCAAGACGACGCGCUUCCUUUCUCCACAAGGCAGAAGGAGUUCGCUGUGCGCGGCCGCUCCUUCGGUCCUCGCCGGCAAAGGCGGCCAUGGGGCAGCCGCUCGUCCUGGUCACGCUGGGCUGGGUCGCGGUGCUGGUCCUUCCGUUGCAUUCCUUCUCCUCGCCGCAGAAUGGAUCUUCUUCCAAAAAUGACACUAGGCCAGGACCAAGAUCCUUUGCCUUGAGAGAAGAGGAAAAAUAUGAACCAAUUCCACUUUCAGAUAAUGAUGCUGAAAAUGCUUUGGAAAUUGGGUCAGGAUCUAGCAGUCAAAACAAAACGCAGAUUCUUCCAACGUAUCGUCUGUCAAAAGAUGCGGAACAGUUCCUGUCUGGCGGGUGGCUGACCGUUUUCGUUCCAGCAGUCUAUACUCUGGUGGUGUCCCUGAGUCUUCCUCUGAACAUCACGGCGGUUCUUCUGUUCUUGCUAAAAAUGAAGGUGAAGAAGCCGGCUGUAAUGUAUAUGCUCAACUUGGCUUCUGCAGAUAUACUUUUUGCGAGCGUGCUUCCGUUUAGGAUUGCCUAUCAUUUUUCUGGAAACCAUUGGCCUUUUGGAUCUGCCGUGUGCCGCUUUGUCACUGCCACGUUUUACUGCAACAUGUACUGCUCCAUUCUGCUGAUGACCGUGAUCAGCAUCGAUCGUUUCUUGGCGGUGGUUUACCCCAUGCAGUCCCUGUCCUGGCGCACCCUCCGGCGCGCCUCUGUGGUUUGUUUUGCCAUCUGGCUUGUCUCUAUUGCUGGAGUGGUGCCUCUGCUUACCACUGAGCAAACAAAGCACAUAUCUUCUCUAAACAUAACAACUUGCCACGAUGUACUGCUUGAAGAAGAACUCAAAGGAUAUUAUCUUAUUUUUUUCACUAUUUUCUGUUCAUUUUUAUUUUUUGUGCCAUUAAUUGUUUGUACGGUUUGCUAUGUCUGUAUCAUCUGGUGUCUUAGCUCUUCAGACAUUGCUGCAAAACCGGGUAGAAAGACACGAGCUUUACUGUUGUCUGUGGCCGUUUUCUUCAUUUUUAUUAUAUGUUUUGGCCCCACAAAUGUUCUCUUGCUAGCUCAUUAUAUACAUUUUUCUUACAACAACUACACGGGCAAUAUAUAUUUUGUUUAUCUCCUCUGUGUCUGCAUUAGCAGUGUAAGUUGUUGUAUUGAUCCUUUGAUCUAUUAUUAUGCCUCUUCUGAAUGCCAGCGUCACUUGAGCAAUUUGUUGUGUUGCAGGAAGGACUCUGAACUCUGCAGCCUGAGCUCCAAUAAUCCUCUGGGGAGCAGGACAAGCCACAGGGCUACUUGCACCAGUACAAUUGAUAACAGUCUCUACCGAAAAUUACUAGCAUAGAUACAUUUUUUGGUAUUUCUGGGGUAUUUGGCUCUGUUUUAAAAACACUGCUGUGAGGAAUAUUCAGACAUAAACAUUCUUUAUAUAAUCAGUCUGUUUUAUUAACCUAAAGCCUGCCACUAUAAGGGUUGCAGUAAGUGGGGAGAGCUAUCAGAAAUCUUAGGGAGACUGUAAAUAGUAUGUGUGUACAUCUAUCCAUCCAUCUUUAUUUAAGAUAAAAAAUUGAACACAAAUUUGUAAAAUGCUGUUAAACUCUAAUGAGAGUUUGUCUUUUCUAAGACAUGUUGUAGGAUGAGUUGUCACAUUUUCACAACAGCUACACAGAAGUUGGCUGCCCUGAGAGGUAUGGGAAUACACACAUCCAUUUUGUAUCCACAUCACUCUUUCUGAGAUUUCUGCCAGAAAGAUCCAGGCAAUCUCUCAUCAAGUAUGGUUUUUCUCCCGCCACUUCAGAGCUGUAUUCUUCUGUGAGUAUCAGUGACAAGCCAGGAGGCAUACAGAUUAAUGAAAAAGGAUGCACCGAGGGGAUCCACAAAAUAAUUCUUUCUUUGUGAUUUCACAUAUUUUGAAAAAAUCAAGCCACUGUUUGCAUAGCCCUGUUACUUUAUGAGCAUAGUGCUUUCCUGGGUUCUAGGUAAAAUGCUGAGAACUAAUGUGCAUAGAUUUGAAGACACAGUAUAGCCAAACUCAAUAAAACCUGGAUCUGUACUUGCUGAGUAAACAGUAUUAUUGUUAUAUAUUCUUUAUCUAUGAAUUUGUGUGUAUAUAUGUGUGUAUGUUAUAUGCAUAUACAAAUCUGUUACUUCAUAAUUUUUCGCUCUGUUAAAGCUGUGCAAAUGCUGAUGGGCACAGCUGUUUUAUAUUUUACUUUUGAAAAUUGAGUUACACUCAGUUAAUAAAUGUGCAAGUGGU